AAUUAGAGAACCUUUUAGCUGCAACUCGUGAGGGUCCUCGAGGUUUCUCAACACAAAAAUUUUCGUCAAAGAAUUCCAAGAAAAUAUCUCUCAUGCAACGAAAAAGGAGAUACCAUCUUCGCCUUCUAGAAUUGCUGAGGAUAUACUACAAUUGUGAUAGAUACCAAUUGCCUUAUCGGAGAUCUCAACAUGGUCAAAAAAAUGAUAAUUGGAUGGUGGCUGUACCUUUGGUUGAUAA